CGAAAAUGCUAAACCGUACGAUCGUAUUAGUUAAUGUACAACAUUCAAGGUUGGAAUCGUGCAAUAAAUUUCCAUUCAAUUUUUAUUACAACGUAGACGAAAUCAUGAAAAUGUUUCCAAACGUUAAAUUUAUCACGCAGCAAGAUUUCCUUAAUUGGACGAGAGAACGUGACAAUAGACCGACGGCAACUCAUAGAUACAUCAAGACGGAUAGAAAUCUAAGAUCGAAUCUUUUAGAAUUAAGAAGUGAAUGCCUGAAUCAAUUUGAUUUCAAAUUUAAUCGUAACGAUGAUUUGAUGAUUAAUAAAACAACGAUUAAACUGGGAUCAAAAGGUUCUUGGAAAGAAAUAAAUAAUAAUAAGUUAUUGAUCAAAACUUUAACGAGAUUAUUAGAUUUAGAUGACGAAGUUUUAUUAAUCAGACAUCAGAUUCCCACACCUUUAUUUCCAUCAAUGGGCGAAGUUAUACAUUUACCUUAUGCUAACCAUCUCAUUGAAGCGGCAAACAAUGCUACAAAUCAAUUAGGACCUUUUAUAGCAAUUCAUUGGAGAAUGGAAACCGGUAAACCGGAAAUGAUGCCGAUUUGUGUUAAAAGUUUAAUCAAAUACGUCAACAAACUGCAAGCGGAAAUUGGGAUUUAUAACAUAUACUUUGCGACAGAUUAUCCGUUAGUGGAUGCAGGAAAAAAGAAAGCGCAAUCAACAACAUUCCAUAUCAUAUCUGAACAACAUCGUGAUGCCAUUAAAAUAUUAAACAACACCUUUAAAUUAAAUACUUGGGUAUCAAUGAAAACAUUGGAUGUAAUUUAUAAUAUAUUUCCCGAAUAUAAAAAUGAAAUUAAUGAAGAAUUUCAAGGUUCUGGAUUACAAGGAAUAUUUGAUAAAUUAGUCUUGACGAAUUCGA